AUGCAAACAAUUGUAUCGGAUCUUACACCGCCAACAACUGUAGUAACACGUGUCGCUGUUACAGCCACCACCUCAUCACCUGCAGCAACAGACACACAAACAAAGUUGGUGGCAAAUGGGAAAUUCGUCCAAAUCGGCCAAUACGAACAAAACAGUGAAGAGGAAAAUGACAAAUAUGAGAAAAGUGACUCUAGGGAAAGCGCUGAGGAGCAACGAUUUAUCGUUAAAUACCGACAAAGUUAUUAUGAUAUAACACGUUUCUUGAAAAAUCAUCCAGGUGGCAUAAAUACGUUGCGUGGUCUCAACAAUGGCGAUAUGACAACACGUUUCCUACACGCGCCCCCACACUCCGAUGCUGCCAUGUACCUGAUGAAAGAAUACAAACUAAAAUCAGCAUAUUUACAAAAUGACACCAAGCGAGAGCAAAAUCUGCAUCAAAGACAACAGAGGGUGCAUAAUGUUGAUCUGAUUGUAGCUGAUGAUGACGUGCAACAGCACCCAGUGUUUGAAGCAAGCGCGAGGGCGAAUGGUAUUGAAUUGAUUGCGAAUGCUUUGCAAGAAGAUAAAAACAAUAAUCAGCUGGAUGAAAGUAUGGAGCAUCUGGUGGACUGGUCAAAGGCCAUGCUGCCACAAAUAUCGCAAAUUACCCGCCAUUAUGACGAAUGGGUUCAUAGGCCAGUCGACAGACCAUUGCGUCUCUUCGGACCAUCAUAUUUGGAGAUGUUUACAAAAACGCCUUGGUGGGUUAUACCGCUUUUUUGGAUACCCGUUAUCUGCAAAUGUAUUUGGGAUGAGUUCUCACAAAAUUGGAGCGCACCUAGCACAAGCACCCUAUUAUGCAUCUUGUUUACAGCCGGCAUACUUUUCUGGACUUUGCUUGAAUAUAUUCUGCAUAGAUUUGUAUUCCACAUGAAGGUGACCGCCAAUUCCAAUCCAUGGUUAUGCACAUUUCAUUUCAUGAUACAUGGUCUACAUCAUAAAGUGCCUUUCGAUUCGAAACGUCUUGUCUUUCCGCCACUGCCAGGUGUCAUUAUUGCCACUAUCAUAUAUACACCUAUCAGUUUCUUAUUGCCCCAUCCACGUGCUGUGUUGGCCGGUGCACUCUUCGGAUAUCUGUGCUAUGAUCUGAUGCACUAUUACCUCCACUAUGGAAAUCCUUCAUUGCAGCACACACGCUUCAUGUACGAUAUGAAACGGUAUCACUAUCAGCACCAUUUCGCACAUCAGGAUAUGGGCUAUGGCAUCAGUAGUCCUUUUUGGGAUGCCGUAUUUAAUACUCGAAUACGUUUGCGAAAACUGCGAUUCCCAUUGCGUUGGCGGUAAUUGCAGUCAAAUAAUUGGUGAACCAAAAACUAAUUAAUUUGAUUCCUAAUAUUGGCUUAUGAACAAUGUUUUUUUUUUUUUGUAAUGAUAGUAUUUACUUUUCAUAUGUAAAACAUUACCAAAGAAGAAACCUAUACGGAGGGAACAUUCCUUAAAUAUAAAUAGUAUAUAUCUAGAUACAUACAUAUGUACAAACAUAUGUUUACUAAUAAGACACAUGCUGAGACAAUGCGUUAAUCUAGUAUUACUGAGUUUAAUAACAAAGUAAUUAUGAACUGCUUUAAAACUAUUGAAAUCAUCAUCACUUUGUUCUUUGUUUAUUACUUAGUGCUAAGCAUAAAAUAAAAACUGUAUUUUCUGAUGCAUAUUUUUUUU